UCCAAAAUAUCAAACAUGCUGAACGUUAAUAAUCAAGUUUUCACUUCUGCCGGCACUCCCGGAGUGCAACCCGUCUUUUUUUGUCAUAGAUAGAUAGGUAUUUCGUUUCACAUUGACGGUUUUGUAUUUAAAAAACGUGAUUCCUCGUUUUUCCUAAUGGCUUAUUAGAUUUACGCAGAAAAAGUGCAGCCCAAAAUAAAAAUUCAUCAACAUUUGUGACAAUUGUAACUAAGUACUAACUGAGUCGGUAAAUGUGACCUGUUUAUUAUAUUGCUGUACCUAUGCAGACAUGCAGUGUCAGGUUUUGGUCGUCUACCAAUUGGUCCCAGCACUUGGGUCGCGGCGUCGCGUGAUCGUGUCGGAUCCGUAUCGUAGGUCGCGAGAUGCUGAUAGCGAGCACGUGCGCGCGCUUAUCUCGUCUCCACUGCUGAGCACUGCACACCUACACGCAGCGCUAUCAGCUGAUCAACCCUACACUAACACCUUACACGCUGGCCUGGCUUUCAUUCAACACUACCUAUUUGUUUAAUGACAUUUUCGCCUUAUCUUAACACAUGCAACAAGAUUAGCGUAAUUAUAGGUACUUUUAUUCACCUAUGCAUUAUUUUAUAAUUCCGUAAGCCGCGUCCAAUAGUUUGUUUGCAACUUUAAACUUUAAUUGUUUAUCAGUUAUCACAUAGACACAAAUCUAUCACAUAUCUAUUGUAAUAAAUAGCAACCCUUACAAAUAAUACAAUAUGAGGAGGUCGCUAUGAGUCGUUCAACUCGAGUCGCCGUCCCGAUCCCUCCCACCGCGGGUUCCCGGGGGCGCCGGGGCGGGGCCUGUGAGGGGAUGCGCGAGGCGUGUGCCGGCGCAGCUGCGGGCAGCGCAGCGGGACCGCACUCAGUUGUCACCGUGACACCGAGCGGGACAGACGUACGGUCCGCUACAAGCGUGUUUAUUGUUGUAGUGUUUGUGAUUAUGUUGCACGAAGCGUGGCUCGCCUGCCACCGCGCAGAACACUUCGAAUUGGAACAACUCAUAGCUGAAGUCAAUAAUAACUACGUCAAAGAGGGCGAGGAGUGCGGCGCGGGCGCGGCGAGCGGGGUGAGCCCGCCCCCCCUGCAGUUCGGCUACGCCCCCGGCGCGCUGUCGCCGCAGCGCUACGAGGAGCUGCGGCCCGCGCCAGUCCCGCGCGAGAUGCAGACCUACGCGCACCUGGAGGAGGCGCUGCUGGGGGCGGAGGGCUACCGCCGCAGCCCCGAGCCGUCGCCGCCGCAGCGCCGCGACGAGUACCGCGUACACUACGACACCUACUCGCCCACGCCGCCGCCGCCCUACCAGCACGAGCACCACCAUGUCGACAGCGCCGGCGGAGAGGGCGGGCAGCAGUACGCGCGCUGCUACGCGGCCGGCUCGCCCUACUUUGGCAACGGCGCCGACCUCACGCAACCGCAGAUCUGGACCACUAAUACAGGAGGAUCGCCCAGCUACUGCGGCAGCGGGUCGGGCGCCGUGCUGAGCGAGUACCCGGAGAGCGAGGGCGAGGGCGGUGCGGGGGGCGGGGGCGCAGGGAGCGCGGGGGGCGGCGCGCUGCCGGCUUUCAGCGCGCGCUUCGGCGGGCCCUUCGCCGCCUCCGCGCGGCCCUCGCCCGCACCCUCUGCCGCCUCCACCUACGCUCAACCAGAGCUAUGGCGCGUGGACUGCAGCUACCGGCCGCAGCUGUCCGCCGCCGCCAGCCUCUCAGCCAUCGACAUGGCGGAGUUUUUCACGGAGGGGCGCGAGUGCGUGAACUGCGGCGCCAUCCACACGCCGCUGUGGCGGCGCGACGGCACCGGCCACUACCUGUGCAACGCGUGCGGCCUCUACAACAAGAUGAACGGCAUGAACCGGCCGCUGAAGCAGCCGCGGCGGCUGGUACGUCAGCGGCACGCGGCACCCCCGGCCGCCCCCGACAUGGGCACGAACAAGCGGCACGGCGUGUCGUGCAGCAACUGCCAGACGACCACCACGUCGCUGUGGCGCCGCAACUCCCACGGCGAGAACGUGUGCAACGCAUGCGGCCUCUACUACAAGCUGCACAACAUCAACCGCCCCAUCGCCAUGAAGAAGGAUUCCAUACAGACGCGAAAGAGAAAACCGAAGAACAGUCAGAAGUCUGACCGGAGUCUGAGCAAGAGCAUCGCGCACGCUGCGGCGGCGCACACCUCGCUGUCGGCGCUCUCCGCGCACUCCGCUCACUCCGCUCACUCCGCUCACACCGCUCACACUGCUCACACUGCGCACGCCGCGCACACUGCGCGCUCCGCUCACACGCCGCACUCCAUGGCUUCAACAGUUAAAGUGGAGAAUUCAUGGUUGAACGUGAGCAGCCAGAUUUCUUCUGCGAUUCAUCAGCAAAGACUUAAGGAAGGGAGGGAGGUGAAAGUGGAGACGUCCCCGGGCGCGGGCUCGGGCUCGGAGCGGGCGCUGUCGCUGAACUACUACCUGCCGCCGGGCGCGCCCGUCAAGCUGGAGGAGCCGCCGCCGGCGCACGCGCACGGGCACGCCCACCCGCACGGCCACGCGCACGCGCACUACGCCGCGCACUCGCACGCGCACUCGCACAAGGAGUUCUACGAGGACGGCGUGUACGCGCACGCGCCCGACGCCGACCGCCCCACGGUCGUGUCGCUCGGCAGCUGAGCCAACCCCCUCACCCCCGCACCGCCACACACCCCCGCCCCGCGACGAACAAACCGGAAUCUCCGCGGCCGCUCGCGGUCUCAUAAGAAUCUCACUCGUUAAUAAUUAUAUGGUAGUGUAAGUGUCCUCACCGCCUGGCGCCAUUUCGCGUUCGUUGUUCGCGUCGGGCGCGACUCGUGAGUCUCUAAUAGUAAUAUCUAGUUUCUCCUUGUAACCGAAUGUAUAUGGAUGAACAUUGAACACGAAUGCGCGGCCAGCUGGUGGAUAGCUUAAGAGUCGCUAGUAGACCAAAUGGAGCGGUCGCCCGCGGCGGCGCCUGCUGGCACGCGGCGCGCGACUAGCCCGACUUAUAUAAUAAUAAUUAACCCUAAGACGCUACGCGAUCUGUCGCUAGCGGCAGAUAAAUAAUUAAUUAUUAGGUAGGAGAUGUUGUCUAGUUAAGUUAUAAAUUCGUGUUAAAUCUAGAUAUUUUACGAGUUAGUACCGUGUUUCCUGUUACCAAAUGUUCGAGACAUAUUUGAGACUGCAAAACAUUCCUAAGAUGAAUUCCUUAUUGUAAGUUAUCGGUAAUAUUAUAGUUUAGAGGCUGUUUCGAUAUGCGCUAAUCGUUCGCUAGAUGUAGUAGACCGCUGCGCCGCAGCGAGCUCCAUGACUUCAAAGAGCAUUCCGCGAAUUUACUAUUUAAGGCCCUGUACAAUUUUAUAUUCAUAUUUAUAAUUACUGAAUAAUUGUAAGAAAAGGAAGAACGAGCUCAAUUUACAUUGUGUAGUAAUUAAGCGACACAGAUCUAUUAGUACACUGUUUUCGUGUUUCUAAAAUACUACUGCUAUUCGACAGUCACAUAGCAACAUUGACUGUCUUUUUUGAAUAAGUAUUUGUUAAAUGCGAGAAAUAGUUAUUACUAAGCAAAUAAUUAGUGUAAAUGCACUUGAUAUUACUAUAAUAUAUCGUAUUUAUCACAGACCAAAGUUAUACAGGAUUAUAUAUUUUAAUUGUACCUAACGAGAGGCUAAUCAAUAUCGAUAUAUUUAAACUUUAUUUUGUAUUAAAUAAUUGGCAUCUCAUUUCGUUAUGUGGCAUAAUAAUGAUGAUGUAUAUAAUGAAGCAUUGCGUUCUAGACUUGUAGAACUGUAUAUUAUAUUUGAAUUAAAUUCUAGCACAGCUCAUUUAUAUUAACAGAACCGGAGAGAGUAAAGUCACUCCAAACGUGUCGCAUAACCGUCAGAAUGUGAGCAGCGUCAGCUCGGCUCAGGAGCUUUCAAUAACAAUAUACCUCUAAUAUAUUUUUAUGGUUUUAGACCUUUGAGUUACGUAUCUCUCAUUUGUCGGAGCUCGUCUGUCACACUCCACACCUGUGGAUGCCGGUGUAUCGCUUAAUGUAAAUGAGCCGUGCCAUCUCGCACACUAAACUGUGUCCAGUGCUAUUGCGACAAGAUCUUUAAACCUCUCUUAUGUUUACAGACCGAAUUAGAAGAUAUAAUAUUUAUCAGAGUAUGUCCUAUUAUAAAGUUUAUAUUGAACGACAAUUUAUAGAUUUAUAUAGAGUUAGCUAUGUUGUACAUCGGGUUCCCGACGUAGUGUCGCGGACCCGAGGAGGAUACUGUUGUAUCGACGUCGGUUUGACUUCGACUUGUGUCAGAGGCGGAGACUUGCCUAUAUUUUUGUACAUAUUAUUAUGUAAGCGAUAAAGUACACUUUUAAUAAAUGAAAUUAUCAAA